AAGGCAGGAAAAAAAAGAUUCACGAAAUACAUUGUGUUACUAUGUUUCACUAAAUUCUUGAAGGCAGUGGGACUUUUUGAAUCAUAUGAUCUCCUAAAAGCAGUUCACAUUGUUCAGUUCAUUUUUAUAUUAAAGCUUGGGACUGCACUUCUUAUGGUUUUGUUUCAAAAGCCAUUUUCUUCUGGUAAAAGUAUUACCAGACACCAGUGGAUCAAAAUAUUUAAACAUGCAGUUGCUGGGUGUAUCAUUUCACUCUUGUGGUUUUUUGGCCUCACUCUUUGUGGACCACUAAGGACUUUGCUGCUAUUUGAACACAGUGAUAUUGUUGUCAUCUCCCUACUCAGUGUUUUGUUCACUGGUUCUGGAGGAGGACCAGCAAAGACAAGGGGGGCUGCUUUUUUUAUUAUUGCUGUGAUCUGCCUAUUGCUUUUCGACAAUGAUGAUCUCAUGGCUAAAAUGGCUGAACACCCUGAAGGACAUCAUGACAGCGCUCUAACUCACAUGCUUUAUACAGCCAUUGCCUUCUUAGGUGUGGCAGAUCACAAGGGCGGAGUAUUAUUGCUAGUACUGGCUUUGUGUUGUAAAGUUGGCUUUCAUACAGCUUCCAGAAAGCUCUCUCUAGAUGUUGGUGGAGCCAAACGUCUUCAAGCUUUAUCCCAUCUUGUUUCUGUGCUUCUCUUGUGUCCAUGGGUCAUUGUUCUUUCUGUGACAACUGAGAGUAAAGUCGAGUCUUGGUUUUCUCUCGUUAUGCCUUUCACAACGGUUAUCUUUUUAAUCAUGAUCCUGGAUUUCUAUGUUGAUGCCAUUUGUUCAGUCAAAAUAGAAGUUAACAAAUGUGCCCGCUAUGGAUCCUUCACCAUUUUCGUUAGUGCUCUACUUUUUGGAAAUUUUUGGACGCAUCCAAUAACAGACCAGCUCCGGGCUAUGAACAGAGCAGCACACCAGGAGAGCACUGAACACGUCCUGUCUGGAGGAGUGGUAGUGAGCGCUAUAUUCUUUAUUUUGUCUGCUAACAUCUUAUCAUCUCCCUCUAAAAGAGGACAGAAAGGUACCCUAAUUGGAUAUUCUCCUGAAGGAACACCUCUUUAUAACUUCAUGGGUGAUGCUUUUCAGCAUAGCUCCCAAUCCAUUCCUAGGUUUAUUAAGGAAUCACUAAAACAAAUUCUCGAGGAGAAUGACUCUAGGCAGAUCUUUUACUUCUUGUGUUUGAAUCUGCUUUUUACCUUUGUGGAAUUAUUUUAUGGCGUGUUGACCAAUAGUCUGGGUCUGAUCUCAGAUGGAUUUCACAUGCUCUUUGACUGCUCUGCUUUGGUCAUGGGACUUUUUGCUGCCCUAAUGAGUAGAUGGAAAGCAACUCGGAUUUUCUCCUAUGGGUAUGGCCGAAUAGAAAUUCUCUCUGGCUUUAUUAAUGGACUUUUUCUAAUGGUAAUAGCUUUCUUUGUGUUUAUGGAGUCAGUGGCUAGAUUAAUUGAUCCUCCGGAACUAGACACACACAUGUUAACACCAGUCUCAGUUGGAGGACUGAUAGUAAACCUUAUUGGUAUCUGUGCCUUUAGCCAUGCCCAUAACCAUACCCAUGGAGCUUCUCAAGGAAGCUGUCACUCAUCUGAUCACAGCCAUUCACACCAUAUGCACAGCCACAGUGACCAUGGGCACGGUCACAGCCAUGGAUCUGCAGGCGGAGGCAUGAAUGCUAACAUGAGGGGUGUAUUUCUACAUGUUUUGGCAGACACACUUGGCAGUGUGGGUGUGAUUGUAUCCACAAUUCUUAUAGAGCAGUUUGGAUGGUUCAUUGCUGAUCCCCUCUGCUCUCUUUUUAUUGCUGUAUUAAUAUUUCUCAGUGUUGUUCCACUGAUUAAAGAUGCUUGUCAGGUUCUACUUCUGAGACUGCCGCCAGAAUAUGAAAAAGAAUUACAUCUUGCUUUAGAAAAGAUACAAAAAAUUGAAGGAUUAAUAUCAUACCGAGACCCUCAUUUUUGGCGUCAUUCUGCCAGUAUUGUGGCAGGAACAAUUCAUAUACAGGUGACAUCUGAUGUGCUGGAACAAAGAAUAGUACAGCAGGUUACAGGAAUACUUAAAGAUGCUGGAGUAAAUAAUUUAACAAUUCAAGUGGAAAAAGAGGCAUACUUUCAACAUAUGUCUGGUCUAAGUACCGGAUUUCAUGAUGUCCUGGCUAUGACAAAACAAAUGGAGUCCAUGAAAUACUACAAAGAUGGCACUUACAUCAUGUGAGAUAACCGGGAAUUACCUCUGGAGUGUAAACAAUGAAGAUUAAAUGACUAAGUAUUUAGAAUAUUGCCAGAAGGAAGAAAAUUGCACACAAUUGUACAGAAACAGUUUGCCAUAUUUGAAAAACAAAAUUAAAGUUCCCUACUAUUGGAUCAAGGAAUCUUAAAGGAAAUUUAAAUACAGAAUGGAGCAUUCAUUGUUCAAGUAAAAUCAUUAUUUGAAUUAUGUGUAUAACAAGAAUCUUGAAAUUUGAGUGAACAUGAUAUAUCACAUCAUCUUUAAAGAUGAACAUAUAAUGACAGAAUCAAGUGAAGACCAAAAUUACUUCUGUGUUUACUUUGUGCCAGAAAGCAUCUCCAUUGUAAAUAAUGUAUGUACAUGUUUAUUACAAAGACCCAAAUGAAAAAUUUUAGUCGAUUUUUUUGCAUAGCCCUAGGAUAAAAAAAGAAUAAAAGUUCUAUAUUUAUGGAUUUUCUGUACAUAAAACUAGUUUCUAAUUAAAACUUAAAUCCGUUAAGUAAAAUCUGUAUUGCCACUUUUAAUGUAAAGUAAAUUAUUUGGGAGAAACUUCAACCACUGAUAAUGAGACAAGCAGUGAGAAUAGGGAAGUAUAACUACAGUUUUUGAUGUAUUACAAAAACCAACCACUCUGUAAAAUAAAUUUUUUUUUUACUUUUGGUAAUA